UUCCAGGAGUUCUCGCAUCUUCUGACUGUACGUGAACGCAUCACUUUUGACUGUUUCUCUGUGUGUGUGCGCACUCAGCACCGCCUGCAGCUCAAAUCAGUCCUGUUCAGACAACAUGCCCGUAGAUUUGAGCCAGUGGACCGGGCCUCUUGCCCUGCAGGAGGUCGAGGAGAAGCCUGCCAAGCCUCUGACUGUUAAAUACGGCUCUGUGGAGAUUGACGAACUGGGAAAAGUCCUCACACCGACACAGGUGCAGCAUCGACCCACCAGUGUGGAGUGGGAUGGAUGUGACCCUGGUAAACUGUACACCCUGGCCCUGACUGACCCUGAUGCUCCCAGCAGGAAAGACCCCAAAUUCAGGGAGUGGCAUCAUUUCCUGGUGGUCAACAUGAAAGGGAAAGACGUCUCCUCUGGCUGCGUCAUGUCAGACUAUGUCGGCUCUGGUCCUCCAAAAGGCACAGGUCUCCACAGGUACGUUUGGCUGGUGUACGAGCAGCCAGGCAGUCUGUCCUGCUCUGAGGCCACCCUCACCAACUGCUGCGGAGACGGCCGCGGCAAGUUCAAGAUCCAGACCUUCAGGCAGAAAUACAAGCUGGAGGCCCCAGUGGCCGGGACCUGCUACCAGGCAGAGUGGGACGACUACGUCCCCAAACUGUACGAGCAGCUGGCUGGAAAAUAAAAGAAGCUAAGACUCGACUUAGAAGCGUUUAGCACUAGGAAUUCCUACACAGGCUUUCGAUUUGUAGGAUAUUCCCUGCAAGAGGCAAAAAAAACCCCCAACAGUAACAAAGCAUUUUCAUUUUUUUUGAGUGUGCCACUGAAUAGUAUUUUCUUCCCAUUGUUGCCUUUGCUUGUUAGCCACGCUCUAACAGAAAUAACAUCUCCUCUCAAUGAUGUCAUCUGCACAAUAAAUCUGCUCAACACUGA